AUGGCCGAAGAUGACGAAGAUCUCGUAAGGCUAUCACCAACUCCUGAGAAUUCUGGGGCCCUCGCUAAGGAGUACACUUUGGAUAUACCCAGAAUUCCUAGUAUUGAAUUACCUCUCCAUGUGUCCUCCCACCCGCAGAGCGUUAAGAAAGCUAUAAGGAUGUGUGGUGGAUUACAGCCUGUCAAGGAGGCUUUACAUGAGAGGAGUAGUUUAGAAGAUACUCAGCAAGGUUUGGAACUGUAUUUAAACGAAGGUCAAGAUCCCAAUGGAUCAGAACAAUUCUUCAACGAACAUCCAAUUAUUGGAAAAAGAAUCCCAUUUAGAGAUGAAUCUGUUGUUCUUAAAAUCCAACUGCCCAAGGGAACAAUGGAUAAGUAUGGUGGAAAUGUGAAGGAAGCGCUUGCUGAUUUGAGUUCCAAGGAAGUUAGAGUUACACCUGUAGCCAUUGUGAACAAUACGGUUAAAUUUCGGGAAAUGUCAGAUUUCCAAGUCAGAUUAGAUCAUGUACCGUCUGCCAAUGAGUUCAAAAAUAGUUUUGGUUCUCUCGAAUGGAGCAAUUUUAAAAAGUUCGUGGAAUCUGUACCUGAUAACGAUCCAAGACCCUUUGAAAACAUUACCGAUAUGACUGUCAAUAGAAGUAAUAAAUGUCCGAGUACCGAUUUCCAACUACCGCCACCACCCAGAUUUUCCAUGGUUGGACUACCAUUACUGUACAAAUAUUCGACAAAUCCAUUUGCUAAAAAAGAGAAUGGUGUUCCUGAAGUAAGCAGUACCUAUAUUAAAAAUUAUCAACAAUUUGUUCAUGAUAUGGGAGAAAAAACCAAAGUUCCCACCAGACCACAUGAACUAUUACAAAGGGAUUUCGAUUCUGCGCAGGCUAAUGGUGUGUAUCCGGGCACUAAGAAAGAAUCUAAAUUUUAUGAAUGCUUAAUGGAAUGUUUGGAGAUUUUGAAAACACUAUUUGAACAAAGGCCAAUUUGGGUCAAGAGACAUCUGGAUGGUAUCGUUCCCAAACAGAUAUACCAUACCAUUAAAGUAGCACUGGCAUUGGUUUCUUAUAGAUUCACUAUGGGCCCCUGGAGAAAUACUUAUAUCAGAUUGGGAGUUGACCCUAGAUCUUCACCGGAAUAUGCCAAAUACCAAACGGAAUAUUUCAAAAUUGAAAGGAAAAUGUUAAAAUCACCAUCUGCAAGUAAAAAUAUUCCUAAGCCACCACCUAAUGUAUUUGAGUCCGAUACACCUGGUAGUAUCGAUAGCAGGUUUAAAUUUACUGGUAGUCGGAUCCCCUGGUAUUUCAUGCUACAGAUCGAUCUAUUGGUGGAUGAGCCUAAUAUUCGUGAAGUUUAUGAUAAUGUCAAAUAUUUGAGUCAGCCCAAUGAAUUGACCGGUUGGUUCGAAGAAUUAGACUUGGCUAAAAUGAGAAGAAUUGUGAAAUAUGAAUUAGGUUGUAUGGUUCAAGGAAAUUUCGAAUUUAACAAGUACAAGCUAAAGUAUUUUAAGAACAUGUUAUUUGUCAAAGAAUCCAUGAUGGGUGGAGCAACUGCGCUCAAGAAAGAUCCAGACGGUGAUAUAAAUAUGGGUGGCACUGAGCAAUCUGAUAGACCUGUACCGCCUGCCAUUGAAACUGCUAACGAAUUGGAAGAAGCUGAAGAGGAUGAUGAUAACGGCGUAGCUACAGGUGAAGCUGAUGAUGUCAUUUUGGAAGCUGAAGAAGCCGAUGAUGAUGAAAACAUCCAAGUAGAUCCGCCAGAAGGAGAAGAAGAUGGAUCUAAUGAUGAUGAAGAUGAUGAUGCAGAUCAAGAGACAUUCGAUCCGAAAUCAGCAUCCUUCCAGGAAAUCGUUAACCGUAUAUCUAAAUCUAACCCUCAGGCAGCUCAGAGAAUUGCUAAAGAACUCGAUGGGCUUAUUCACGAAACUAAAAUGUGA